UAAACCCCCAAACAAAACCUCUGUUAUCUCUUCAAUAUCUUCUUUGCCCUCUUAAUGGCUUGUAAUUACCGUUUUGCUAUCUUUCUCACUUUGCUCUUCGCCACCGCCGGUCUUUCCACCGCCGCGUUGGUCAAGGAGCAGCCGCUAAUUCUCAAGUACCACAACGGCGUUCUCUUGAAAGGAAAUAUCACAGUCAAUCUCGUUUGGUACGGAAAAUUCACACCCAUCCAACGGUCCGUAAUCGUCGACUUCAUCCGCUCGCUCAACUCCAAAGACGCCGCAACCUCCGCUGUUCCUUCCGUCGCGUCGUGGUGGAAGACGACGGAGAAAUACAAAGGCGGAUCCUCAACGCUCGUUGUCGGAAAACAGCUUCUCCUCGAGAAAUAUCCUCUCGGAAAAUCCCUUAAAAAUCCUUACCUCCGUGCUUUAUCCACCAAGCUUAACGGCGGACUCCGUUCCAUAACUGUCGUUUUAACGGCCAAAGACGUUACCGUCGAGGGGUUCUGUAUGAACCGAUGUGGGACCCACGGAUCCUCCGGCUCGAAAUCGCGUCGCGCGGCCAACGGCGCCGCUUACAUAUGGGUCGGAAACUCCGAGACGCAGUGCCCGGGAUAUUGCGCCUGGCCGUUUCACCAGCCGAUUUACGGACCACAAACGCCGCCGUUAGUUGCGCCUAACGGUGACGUUGGAGUUGACGGAAUGAUCAUAAACCUCGCUACACUUCUCGCUAACACCGUCACGAAUCCGUUUAAAAACGGAUAUUACCAGGGCCCACCAACUGCGCCGCUUGAAGCUGUUUCCGCUUGUCCUGGCAUAUUCGGGUCGGGUUCUUAUCCGGGUUACGCGGGUCAUGUCCUCGUCGACAAAACAACCGGGUCUAGUUACAACGCUCGUGGACUCGGCGGUAGGAAAUAUCUCUUGCCGGCGAUGUGGGAUCCACAGACCUCAACGUGCAAGACCCUGAUUUAAUCCAAGGGAGGUGAGUAAGACACGUGGCAAUAUAUCGAUAACGAUUGACGAGAUCUAGAUAACAUCUGUAGUCAACAACACAAGUUGCACGCGCGUGUAGAGACAAAUCUUUCGGGUUUGGAUCUCGGGUUUGGAUUGUGGAUAGCGCUCUUUGCUUUUGUCGUUUUCUUGUGAUGACGUGUAAAUUAUGUUGGGCUCCCAAUGUGGAAAAUAUAUGCCUAUAAAUAUAAUAAUAAAAUCUUUUUGUUUGGUU